AGGAAGCAGCCAGUCUGUUUCGGGUAUUUGGACUGGUUGGAUGUAUACGGAUCGUGUUCUUAAAUGUUAGCCGGUGACUGACUGUUUUGAUGUGCUCUAAUGUCAUUCACUUGAACAAGUCGUGAAAUCGAACUCUAUUUGUUCGCGAGUGCUCGCUGUUCUGUAAUCGUGGAAUACAUCAUUCGAACUUCUGUCGCUUUCGAAACCGAUAAUUCGAUUGCUCUUUCGAGAUUCGCGAGAAGUGUGUCAAAGUCGAUGUAACGUGUUUCUGUGCGUCCAUAGUCAACCGUAGCUGUAAGUGUCUCCGGGCUUCGGAUACGGUUCCCAUAUUCCAAUAAAAAAUGCCGGUGCGGUAGUGAUCGUGGCCUCGAAGCGAGUCCUUUUACGGCGGGGACGAGCAUCGAAAGCGGAGGAGAGCCUCCCUCUCUCUGUCUUUCUCUUUCUCUCCCCGAUCGUCCACGUUGGCCCAGAGACGCGAGUCAAACCAGCAUCAUCCACGCGAAGGAUAUAAGGGACGAAGAAGGCAGGAACGAGAAGAACCGGGUUGGUUCAAGAGAGAUAAAACGAAAGGCUGGAAACUAGACGGCCAGAUUACCGAGCUAGCAUGGAAUAAAGCCGGUGCAGCGACGCGGUGGAUCGUGCACAAGGGAGAAAGGGAGAGAGAGAAAUUCGGGGGAAGAAAAAGCAGUUGCCGGACAAGGGAACACUGGUGGUCCUCCUGAGUGUCAGUUUGAUCCAGCAUGAAGUAGAAGAAGAGAAUUUUCAAGAGGAAGAACGCGGUCGUUGAGACGAAGGACGGAGGAUUAUUGAUCCGAGAUAUCGAAGGAAGAGAAAGUGGUGGAUAGAAUAGAGCGGCAGAGGUGCGAGAGGAGACCGAUCGGAUAUCGAGGAUUGAUUUUGAAGGAAAAAGACGGAGAAAUCUAAAUGAUAGAUAAAAGAAAAGGGAAGAAGGCGAAGAAGGAGGGUUAGAGGGGAGGAAACGGUGGUCGAGUUAGGAGGAAGCCGGUGAAGGAGAGGAAUGGGUGCCGGCAUGGGCAGGAGCGGCACGAGCGGCGGCUUCCUCGAGGCACUUCCCACGGGAACGCCGCUCCACGUGGCCAUGCUCGGUCUCGACAGUGCUGGGAAAACCACCGCGUUGUAUCGACUCAAGUUCGACCAGUACCUAAACACCGUGCCCACCAUUGGCUUCAAUUGCGAGAGAAUCCGUGGUGGCAUCGGAAAAGCGAAAGGUGUGAAUUUUCUCGUAUGGGACGUGGGAGGGCAAGAGAAAUUGCGACCAUUAUGGAAGUCUUAUACCCGGUGCACAGACGGUAUUAUCUUCGUGGUUGACUCUUGCGACGCGGAACGGCUCGAGGAGGCAAAAAUGGAGCUGACCAGAACAGCCAGGAGCCCGGAUAACGCUGGUGUUCCCAUUCUGAUCCUGGCCAACAAGCAGGAUCUGCCAGGUGCCAAAGAGGUGGGCGAGUUGGAAAAGCACUUGGGCGUCCUGGAACUAGCCGGAAUGCCAGGCAGUGCGUGCAUCAGAGUGCAGCCAGCCUGCGCGAUCACCGGCGAAGGCCUCCACGAGGGGUUGGACACGUUAUAUCAGCUGAUAUUGAAGCGACGUAAGCUCGCGAAACUGAACAGGAAGCGGGCGAGGUAGGCCAGGGCCUCGGAGGACUGCACGUGCGUCUUCUGAUUUUGUAAGUCGCGGACAGUCUCUCCUUUGGAUACAGCCACGCCUUCCACGGUGUCUUCUUCCUCGUCCUCUUCGUCAUGCUGCAAUGACGACGUCCACGAGGUGCUCGAGUGAAUGCACGUGUACACAAACCUGCCGUUCACGCGGACAAUUGUUCUCGUCGUAGAACACCCUCGAUUUUUUGUUCCCGACGAUUGUUUCUCGGACCAGUGUUGCUCUCGAGAAGCUGGCCAACCGGAUGUGUAUUCUUAAUGGUGCAAGCUGAACGGUGGAUUCGUGCAACAGAGAUCGAAACAGAUCUCGUGGUAUCGUACACGGGGUCGUGGUUCUACGUUCUUCGAUGGAGAUGCUUAAUUUUUCUGAUACAAGAAAAGUGGACGGCCUCUUACGAAGGAAGAGGUCAGAGCUAUACUUGGACGUAUUCCUUUCUCGAUUGAUUCGUUUUGAUUUCGUUUAACAAUGCGUAUUUAACGAACGAGGGAUAUACGAGACGAUGAAAACUGCCACUAAAGCUGCGUGGCUGACGCAACAUACUCUAGAGAAGAACACGAAGAGAGGACAGCGGUCCUUGUAAGAAGCUAAACGAUUAUCACAGACGAUGACGUCGGUCUGAAUAUUUUUCCGAUCGGAUGCUCUGACUGGGGUUGUUUUACUCACCGAUCACCGGCUAUUUUUGCCGAUCCUAAAUGGUGCACAGACGUGUUCUCGCUUUUUCAAGAGAAGAUUGGGAGGACGUAGAAAAUUUUCGAGGCAAUGGUGAAUCACUCGCCGGUAUUUUAGGUGAAUCGUGAAUGUCCGUGAUGACAACGAAACAAGUGCUUCUCCGCCGUAACACAGAAGCUCUAUUUUGCCAAAUUUUGCAUCGUUCCUUGGGAAACUUUUCAACGAUCCCUGCCGAUUGCCUCCGCUUGUUAUCGAUAACGAGCUCGGCAGCCGCUUAAAGCCGUACAUUUCGCUGAUAAAAAUGGAAUUGAGAAGGCAGAAAUAUUUCGCUCGGAAGAAGAGGUCAGGACUUUCGCUAUAACGAGGCUUCAUCGACGACUUCGUUGCUGAUAAAGAUGACGUCGAAUCGUAUUAAUAAUGCUGACGUGGGCCCGGUUCAAGAAGGCCAAGAUAAAACCUGUAUAUUAAUAACUAUGACUGUAAGCUCGCGAAAUGAUCGGGAUUAAUUAAAAGAAAUCGAUCGCGACGGAGGAAGGGAACAUCUGGCUACGAUUUUCGAUCAGAAUGGAUAUAGCACCGGAGAUUUGUUACUUGGUCAAUGGAUACGCUAGAUGAGUUGCCAUUGCAACGAGUAGAAGAAAAUUUUGCUAGAUGAUCUUUCGCUACGUGGAAGAUCCUCGAGCUCUUGAGUUAUCCUUUGUCGUGAAUUCGUCGUGUUAGUCGAGUCGUAGUACGCGUUUGUAGAGCUCCAGGUGAAUCGUCGACCUUAGGUAUUCAGACGAUGAUCGUGCCUCUCCAAUUUUUUGCACCUUUAUACCAUGUAACGAGAGAAAAAGAGAUAAAACGAUCAGACGUAAUAGAAUAUCGUUGCUUCUUCCCGACGAGUGGAAUUUUUGUAAAACGAUGUGAUAACAACCAUCCUCAACCCUUUAUCUUUCAUCUUUAUUGUUCAAUUAGCCUGUAUCGUACGUAUGUACACGUGAAUCAAAUAUUGUAUUCGUUGUAUCGUGCUCUGUAGGGGAGUAGGAAAGCAAACCGAUCGUUUUGAGCUUAAUUGAAAUCGAUACAUAUCGCGCCCCCUCCUCCUAACUCUAAUAAAUGAUUCAGCGUGUAUUUUCCUUUUAUUCAAAUCGGAAUUGAGAGAUUUUCUGGAAAAAAGAGAGUCCAUUAGCAUUAACAUGGCGAGUCGAAUAAAUCGCGUUGCAAGCUUUCCAUUUCCUCCUUAUUUAAUAUUAACUGUGUUUCAACUUUCUUCCUUUUCUCAUGUUUUUAUAAAACGAACAAAAAUUUCAAAAGCAGACCUACAUUUUUCAGAAAGCUGCUCGAUUAUUCCUGAAUACGAUCCGUUGGAUCAUGACCGAUUACACGUUACGUAUUCCGCGAGUUUAUACGUUGAACGUUUACAGCGAGAACUAUGAAAGUUUUAGAGUUAGCUUUUACGAAUGGUUCAUUAGGAAAUUGAUCGAUUUCCGUAUGAACAUUUUGAGCGAUGGUUACAGCUCAAAACGGUGGGUGCUCGUGUUUCUUGCCACUGUACUUUAUUCUUAACGGUCCCUUUGACAUGUGGACUUCCGGUAUAUGCAGUUCUUAUCGACCACCGCCAAUGCGAGACGAUAUUUUCUAUGGCGUUGAUGAUAUUUCGUGGGAAACAUAUCAUCAUGAAAUUUUCCUUUUGUUCAACAAUUCGGACAUUAUGAACAUUCGCGAAUAUUAUAGAUCAAUUGUUACAGUUUCUUUCAUGUCUAUGAUACGGUUGCAACACGUUUAAUAUCAAACGUUGGAUAUCUUUCAACGGUGAUUCCUAUUUAUGGAAAAUAUCGUCUAUAUUGUAUCGGUUCGUCGAGGAAGAAUUGCCUGCUCCAAUUAGAAGUAUAUAUACGUUUGCCGCUAACAAGUUACAUAUUCGGUUUUCGCGUCUCGGAGAGCGCAAAGUUCUGAUUUCGUUUGGUGUUCUCGUGGCCGUCCCUUCUACGUUUCCUUGCGAUUUUUCCAAACUCCGCAUGAAACUUCCAUUUUUCAUCUAUCUUACCUGGGAAACAGUUCUUCCGUAAAGUUUCAUCUUCUCGCCAAAGAAGUCUAUAUACCGUUUUAACUCGUGGGGAGACUCGUUACGCGAAACUGCAACAGCGAUACUUUGCAUUUACCUUCAACGAGAAGCGCUUGCUUCUUCUGGAAUCGCGGCACUACCGAACAAUUACGAUCAUAUUUAACGAGCUCCAGCAAGUUUACCAGGAGACAAUAUUUUCGUGGAGAACAUGCAAAACAGUUCCGAAUCGAAGCAAGAAGUUGAAGCAGGCACUUGUGGUGUAUUUACUGGCGAACUAGCGCGGGAAGGAGGAUCGAAAAAGAAGAAAAAAAAACGAAAAAGAAGAAAGAACGCAGCCUCCACUAGCAAAAUGUAGCGCUUUGUUUCCGGACCGACGAGGCUAGGAAUGGGAAUCGAGCACACGAAAGUCGGACGACGUAAUUUGACUGGUUAUUUAUUGCGGUGCACGGAUCGAUAUUAAGGUGGGAGACAGAGGGCAACACGAGACCGGAAAUCGUGGUUUGCGGCGAACGAUAUACAAGGGCGUUAUCCGGAACAACGACCCGCUGUGACGGAAGUAGCCGUGAAAUCGGAAGCGAGCCACAAGAUGGGAAAAAGUAAAAAGGAAGGACAUCAGGAAACGAAUACAUCCUUCCUACAUAAAUUGGAUAUCAAAGUGGAGGAACUGAUUCGCGAUAAGCGAUUUCUUAGAAAAGCUACGGUUUUCUUUCUAAGCAGAAAGUGGGAAGUGGGAAAUUCGAAACACGAACGAUUAUCGAGAAAUUGUUAAAAUUUUGGAGAAUCACUAUUUCAUUCGAAAUCGUCUUCAAUUAUAAAGUAACUUUAGGGUAAUUCUAUUUGAAGUAAAAAUAAAAGGUGUCGAUUUGAUAUACGGCAUUGUCUCAGUUGAUUUAUUAAUUUUGUUAUUUAUUAUUUUUUUAGAACAGAGAAUAAAAUGGAUUAUCUCAAUUGCUCGAUUAAUUUUGUUUUAGAAACGACCUAGACAAAGUAAUGUUAUUUUUAAACCAAAUAAUUUCUUACUUUAGUCGUUGUUUUCCCGUAACACUCGCGAUUAAUCCGAUUGCAAUUUUCAUUGAACGUUUCAAAUUGUUAUCUCGCACGAAUCUAAAAUUCUGAUUGAUGAAUCGUUUCCUGUUGCGAAUUAGAAUAUACAUCUUUCAUAUGUGUUUCUUUAAUCAUUAUUCACAAUCAAAGAAGCCUAUUUUACUCUAAAAUCAAUUUGUUAGUUUGAAGAAGUUGAUCAUUGUAUAUAUAUACGUUUCGUUAAAAGCUCUUCUCGAGUCUUCGCCUGUUUCAAAUACUACUAGAACGUAAAUUGAUGAAAAAGAAAAUUUUCAGUUCUCAAAUCAGCCGCGCAAAGAAACACACGGAGACAUUUUCUUCGUUCCGAGGAAAAUAUCGAGAGACAGAGACUCGAGGGAAGCAGGUUGUCACCUCGAAGCAGUUGAGAAUCGAUAAAGGUGCAAUGAGUCACAGCCAGACACGGCGCCACGCGAUUUAUUGUUGCAGAAAACGCGAAAAAGUCAUACUGGUCACGCGAUUUUUUAAUAUUUACGAAAAUUGUCGCGAUAAAGAAUGAUGCGAAUGUGUGCUGCAUCUUGCCAUCGAUGCUCGCCGGCAAGAAGAAGAUGGCAACGGAGUCCGUGUCACUGAAGAAGGCACGUAAGAAUAAGAAAAACGCGUUUGAAGAGAACGGGAGGACGCAUCAUGGAUGCAUGAGACUGGAAAACCACGUCCUUGAGGAAAUAGGAAAAACGAUGUCGAUCGAUGACGCGUGUUAUCAGAUAUCCACAAGGUGAUAUUUCACGUAAAAUGGACGAAACUUGUUCCUGAUUCCAUUUUCUUGUAGAUUAUUUUCCUUAGAAAACUCGACGAGUUUCCUAAUCGUCGGUUGGAUAUCGUCGAACAUAUCAAUAUAAAAUUAUAUGAACGUUCGUGUUACCUUUGUUGUGCAUCAGCGUGUCGUAAGGGAGAUAAGGAAGCAUAAAUCUUCGUUGUUGAGAGCCUUCAAAGGAUCUUGCAGUUAGAAAAUAUUUCACGGCAACGACGAUUUUUUUAAUGGAUUGUAACAGUCAAGGACUUUGAUGGAACUGUUUCGCGUGGAAAGGAAGACGAACUGCACGGAAUGGAACCAGUUUCUUCACACUUUGUUGCUCGGUACGUCUAACGACCCCUUUAGAUACGCUUCCUACAACUCACGUGUGCUGGAAUGCGUUGAAAAUGCAUCGAUGGAUGUCGAACCACCUUGCAUCUUCUUGGGGUUCUUUCUCUUCCGCUAUUUUGCGACGACUCAUCUUCGACUUCUCUGCCAUUUCUCCCAUAAGCCUUGUUCAAUCUUGCGCAUAUACAACGGCCAACUUUUCGCAGAUUCGACUAAUUUCUCGCAAAACGUACGGAUAAAAGAGCUUGCGCACUCUUAUCGCGCCGUGAUCUUUGUCCCAUUGCCAGCGCUUUAAUUUCAUUCGAUUUCAUACAAGUUUUAUCAUUUAGCCGCCGGUGAUUCUAGCGUUAAUGAAGCGACGUCAAGCGCCUUCGUUCGAUCGUGUCGCUAGUUUUCGUUAAUCAGAGCGGGCGUACGAGCACGAAAGGAUAUACGAAAUCAACCAAAUAACAGGCUCGCAUUGUCGACGAGCAACUCGUGCAGUCUGGGUCAGCCUUUACCCCACUUCCGCUCUGUCUCCGUAAGUCAUCGAGUUUACGAGAAACCUCCGCGUGCUCUGCCAACACGUUUCCCCCAAUCCAAUUCCUGCAGUCCGGAAAUUUCGCGAAAAACUAAGAAACGAGAAUACUUGGAAGAUCGUCGUCGUUCCAAGUUCCUUAUAACAGUCAGGACUUUCCUCUUCGCUCGCGUGGCACUCGCGGUGUCGCCUUAACCCAGUUUACAGUGAACUUCCGGUGGCACCGAUCGCCGCGACCGACAACUUAAUUACCACGGUCUCUAAUUAGCGUGUCCUCCUGGUCCUCGACGACUUAGAAGGGCGUCGCGACGAGAGCACACGUUCCGCUUUUUUCUCUCUCUCUCUCUCUCUCUCUCUCUCUGUGUAUGUGUGUGUGUGUAUGUGUGUGUGUAGAAAGGCGAGACGAACGGAAAUAGAAGAAGGAAGAAAGAGGAAGCGGAAAGGACAUAAAGGAAAUGGAAAAUCGUAGAAGACGAGUGUAACGAGUGUCGAUGCUAGUCGAGUGGAGAAUCAUUUCGAGGAACCAAGAGAGUGUGGACGGUAACGAGUACGUAUAGCGUACGCCAAAAAAAAAAAAAAAAAAUGAAUACGAAACGAAACGUUUAAUUACUUGUAAGAACAUUGUACAUAGGCAACCGCAGGCUGUAAGUUUUCGUAGGAUUUCCUUACAGCGUGGAAACUUUUGCGUUGCAUCGGAAAGUUCAAGUACAAUCGCUGCUCGGCCUCGGCGGGUUUGCUGGUUAUUUUACAGGGUUGAUCUGUAAUUUAUGAUAAAUAAAAGCGACGAUUCUGUUGAUAGUAAUAGUUUAUUCCGAUGUUGUUUCGUUGGGGGAUGGCGAUUAUCGCGAAGUGAAGCGGUUUCAGGGGUAGGAAUUAAAAGUAGCGAAUUAUCGACGUACGCGGAGGUUGUUUGAAUUCUUUGAGUUUUUGCACAUGAUCGAUGCUCCGAGCAAUGCUCGAAGAAAGAAUGGAAAUAUGAUUAGAGAAAUUGAGCAACGAUCUUAUAUGUAAUAUAAGUAUAACACGAAAGUUUUGUUGAAACGGUUACGAUUUAAUACUAGAAACACCAAAUGUGUCUUUGUUAUACCUUAAAAACGAUAUUGGAGAAUAAUCUCUUAUUAUUUGAAAUAAAAUGUAAUAUACGUAUAUGUUUCUUAAAUGCAAAAUUUACAAGUAAUUAUAUUCGUUAAAGUGAAAGUAACAAUUUGCGAAACGGAAUGAUCCGAUUGAUGGUUUUAGCGUUAGUUAGGUAUCUUGAACAAUUGGGAAUCUAUAAGAGUAGUUAUAUUUCAUUUUGUUAAAUGUAUAAUCGAUGGGCAUGGUAAUUAGUUAGAGUACACUUAGCCAGCGCGGUGCUUAAACGACUGAUCGACAUAUCGGUAACAAUUGAAUUGAUAAUAAUUUACGCUUGAUUUUCCGACCAACGACCACGCAGUUCCACGCUUAGAGAGGAAAUCGACCAAUGUCUGUCGAGUAUGAUUGUUGUUUUUUAUAUCGACUGUCGUUCAACAAAUUCUAUUGUAUACUAAUACUUGCCCCUUGUUGUGUUUUAUUACCAUUCGAUAUUUUAUUAUCGUGCUUCGAACGAUAGAUCGCAGUAUUUAUGUAUAAUUAAACACGUAACGGCUAACCAUAGCGAACGAUCGAGUUAAACUGAAAGAGAGAAAGGGAAUUCUGCAAAUGGUAAACCGUGCGCAGAAUUGUAGCAACAAGCGUGUGAAAAGAGAAGAGAAGAAAAAAAAGUUAAUGUAAAAAGGAAGCAAAAGAGGGGAGCAGAUCGUGUUUUUACUGUAACGAGAACGAUUAUUAUAUCGUCAUUCGUCCUCGCGCCGCUUCAAUAUUCGUAUAUUUAUAUAGUAGACUCGCCACUCUUCUCUCGUGUGCGUGCAGUAGAUGCACCAGGUGAAUGUGAUUGUACUCUGGGACACGCAGCUCGUCCCGUCAGACUGAAUGGAUCUUUUCCGACUGUGAGCGAGGAUUUUUCCAAAUAAAUCAGCUAAUUCCGUUAUGUUUUAA